GAAGGCGGUCAAACGUCACUUCCGCCUGAUGGCCCGAAAGCGCAGGCGGCCAUAUUACAUUAGCAAACACACUCACGCGCUAGCAGCAGUUUGUUUAUGCUGUGAAGUGCAGCUGUAUUUUAGCCAAACUCUCUCAGUUUAGCUCAAGCGGUAACUUAGCGGGACGAUGAGCGGCGGCACGCCGUAUAUCGGCAGUAAGAUCAGUUUGAUCAGUAAGGCGGAGAUCCGUUAUGAAGGCAUUCUCUACACCAUCGACACAGAGAACUCCACUGUCGCGCUCGCCAAAGUGCGCUCCUUUGGCACCGAGGACCGACCCACGGACCGUCCCAUCGCACCCAGGGAUGAGAUAUUUGAGUAUAUUAUAUUCAGAGGAAGUGACAUCAAAGACCUGACGGUGUGUGAACCUCCCAAACCAACAUGCUCUCUGCCUCAGGACCCCGCCAUUGUUCAGGUCACACCAGUCCAGCUCAGGACCCUCUGCAAAAGAGCCCCUCAGUGGAGCCUGCUGCCCAAUCAGCACCUGCAGUCACCAGUGCUGCUCCCACAGCUGUGGAGUGUAAAGCAGAUAGCUUUCUCAUGCUGUAGUCUAGAGAAAAAUGCAGGUGUAUUUCUCUGUGUAUGUGUUUGUUCAGAUGAGAAGCCCGAAAAGGCUUUGAAUGGCGAGGAUAAAGGUGAUUCGGGAGUCGACACUCAGAACAGCGAAGGAAACGCUGAUGAGGAAGAUCCUCUCGGACCAAACUGCUACUACGAUAGAUCCAAAUCCUUCUUUGACAACAUCUCCUGUGACGACACAAGGAAGGCCGCUGAGAGAUCUGGAGGAUCCGGUUUCCCCCGAGAGAGGAGGCAGACCUGGGCGGAGGAGCGGAGGAUGAACGCAGAGACGUUUGGUCUCCCGCUGCGGCGGGGUCGCGGAGGCUUCAGAGGUCGCGGUGGCAUGGGCUUCAGAGGGGGCCGGGGCCGCGGAGCUGGACGGGGGUGGUUUGGAUCUCAUCCUGGUGGAAGUGGCUUUAGAGGGGCAUUCAGAGGAAGCCAAGGAGGAAGAGAGUUCUCUGACUUUGAAUACAGGAAGGAUAACAAAGUUGCUGUAUAGUGGUCAGAGAAAGCAGAUCCAGAAGACCUGAUUUGUGUGGGAACUGCAUUUCGGGUCACAUGUUUUGCUGAGAACGAGGAAGAUAACGUACGUGUUGUAAAAAUCUGUCACCAGCACUGCUUCAAACCUGGCUAUUAAUGAAACCGCUACUCCAUUUCUUCCUGAGGAGUGGAACAAAUGCUUUUUUUUUUUUUUUUUGAAGCGUUAAUUUGAGAAUAAUAUUUCCAGAUGGUUUCAAAUACAUUAUGAUUUCUGAGGGACUGAGGGCUGUUUCGUUGACCUUCAAUGCUUAACCUGAAUUUGAUAUACUGCUGCUUACAGCUAACAGAUUAUCUAGAACAACGUAUUGUGUUUUUGAUCACUGAAUGAGCUUUAUUUUUGACUUGUUUUGCUAUAAAGUAUCUUACAGUGUAUUUAGCAUCAACAUAGACUGCCUGGAACUCAGUUAUGCAUUGUCAUAUUUUUCUAAUGUAAUUUCAUUCUUCAGCCCCCAACAUCACUAUUCCUGUUCCUGUAGUAAGUAUAAUUAUAAUUUUUUUAAAAUAUAAACGUGGAUGUAUCAGUCCCUCGUAAGAGGUCUGUAGUUUCAGGGCAAGCGCUUCAAGAGGUGCCAGUAUUGGUAGAGUUUCACUAAAGGACGUUUUAGAUAUAAUGGAGAAAAACACAGAAAUGCAGUUUUUGAGGGAAACCAGGAAAUAGCACAAAUUAAAAUGAGACGAUAUGGUCAACCAAGGCAAAGCGACCUCAGUGAUAUGUUUCUAUUUUCUGUGGGUUUGAUUUAUAUUUGAUGAGGGCCACUUUGCAGUAUGUAGCACUUUGUAGCAGACGUUUACGAAGAAAUAAUGCUACUCUGUGAAUCUACAGAACUCUAUGCUGCAGUUACUUUGACGGUGAGCUUUUACCACUAAUAAUUAUAAUCCCGUCAUUCAACAUUCAGAUCAUAUGUCCUUCGCCUCAUAAAACAUCGAGUGAAACUGACGAGUCACACUGAGCCUAGAGCUCGCUGGGAAGUUUGAGAGUACUUAUGAUUAUUUUACCAGAUAUUAUUCAGUAGCAGUGCUUCCCAGUGGAUCGUUUCUCCUGCUUUCUAUCUUAAAUGUGACCGGAAGCUGGAGUGUUGAAAAGGCAGAAUGUGUUGUCUCUGUAGCUUUUCCCGCCUCUCCUCGUUCAGCUGCUGUGUUUUACAGUCACUGACUGCACUGGCAUGAUGUCAUCAUGCAGCUCUACCUGACCUGCACAUUGUGAUGUCAUAUCCACACCUACGCAUCGCUCGUGAUGUCACUUCCGUCGCAUUUUGUAACCAAAUCAGUUUUUGGCCUCUGAUAGCUUUGCAUUAUUCUCGCAGGGAGAUUUUGCUGUGGAGCAAACGGCGGCAGAAUAAAGUCAUUUUUUAUGGAUUUAUCACUGAAGUUGAAGGAUUGAUAUAUUUUUACUGGCCAGUUUGUGACUCUGAUCUUGAUUGUGUAGCGUAUGGCUGUGACAUCUCUGCAAAAAUUGUUUAUUUUUUUUCUC